AUGAUCACAAGCCUCUCGGCUCCCGCGCGUAGAACACCCGCCCUGACGCACCCUUGUGAAGGUCGGCCUUCCGCUGGGUUUAUCGAGCUAUCCCCUUCUGACGAUGCAGAUGGAGUUUCACGGGCUCGCAUGAGGAAGGCAUGCUCCCCCGAGAGGGAUCAUGGGAGCCGGAACCGUGACGAGCCUCCGCGCUCCACUAUCUAG